AUGGUGGAUAUCGAUCCUAUGAGGCCAUGUCAGUUAAGGGUUUCCAGUGAGAAAUUCCUUCUUCCACCGGUACGGCCGACAGACGCCAAUAAAAAGUGCCUUAUCAUCGACCUCGAUGAGACGCUGGUCCAUUCCUCUUUCAAGCCGGUCAAGAAUCCGGACUUCGUGAUUCCGGUUGAGAUCGACGGCAUCGUGCAUCAGGUGUACGUGCUGAAACGACCAUAUGUGGACGAGUUUCUCGCUCGGAUCGGCGAUCGAUACGAGUGUGUGCUGUUCACGGCCAGUCUUGCCAAGGUAAGCAUUACCCGUUGA